AGCCGGCAUGGCGAGUGAGAAAUUUUGAAGAGUCCUUGCCUCUCUGUACGAAGGGGUCUAAGCGGCGGCCCCCGCAGGCCAGGCUUCCAUUGCCCUUUGGCUUCUCUGCUUUGGAAACAUGAAGGCCCGUGUGAGCCUCAGGCGGCUUCUCGCCUCAAACAGGCGUUGCCACAAAUCCCGCCCCCUCCGCUUUCAUUGCCUUGAUUAUUCCACUUCCUGCUCCGGGUCACGAGCUUCCGGGGAGCGGGAAGACUCAAGAAGCGGCAACCAGCCUGCCGCUCGCCUCCGAGAUGGACAAGUCGGCUCCUUUGACAGAGAAUGAUUUUCAAAAUAUGGCUACUCCACAAGAAGUAACUCGGCCAGUUCGGAAGCAGAGUUCUAAAAAAAAAGUUUCUAUCCUUGCUUCUCUGGAUGAGAGUUCAAGUGGCAUGACAACAAGAGGAAUGACAGUCCCCAGGACUCCAGGACUGGGGCGGCUUUCACGCUCCUUUACUCCACAGAGUCGGAGUUCCAUGAAUCAACUGAAUAUGUCUACCAUCAUGGGCACAGGAGGAAAAUCUCCUUAUCUUGUGCAUACUCCUGGGCACCUUGGAAAUGUGUCUAUGUUAGAUGACAAUGACUGGACAACUUCACUCUCCCCUCAACAUUCAAUCAUGUUCACAAAUUUAGAGUACAGUGGUACAGAAGAUAUCACUAAGAGUGCUGUCCUGUUGAAGGAGGAUGAUCCUGGGGAAGCAGCUACGAGGAGUAUGUACUCUGAUUUUCUACAUUCCCUUUUAAAACACACUUCCACUACCAUUUUUGAACUUGUAGAUGAGUAUGAAGAUACUUGCAAUAACCAGGUAAACAUUCUUCAAAAAAUAGUGUACCGAGCUACUCCUGGGCAGCAGAAAUUUUCAAAAACUGCCAGUGUGUUGUGGCUUCUCAAGCAAGAGAUGGUAACUUGGAGACUAUUAUCCUCAAUUUACAGGGAUAGGAUACAGUCUGCUCUAGAAGAAGAAACCAUGUUUGACCUUGCAGCUAUAAAUGCUAGUGAAAAGACUGUUAUAAACAGUCUGUUCCAGAGAGAUUCAUUGGUUCGACAAAGCCAGUUGGUGGUAGACUGGCUAGAGAGCAUUGCCAAGGAUGAAGUUGGAGACUUCUCUGAUAAUAUUGAAUUUUAUGCAAAGUCUGUAUAUUGGGAGAAUACUCUGCACAUCUUGAAGCAGCGACAAUUAAACACUUUCUCUGGGAGCUCAAGGCCACUAGUGACUGAAUUAGACCCAGAUGCUCCGAUAAGGCAGAAAAUGCCACUUGAUGAUUUGGAUCGGGAAGAUGAUGCACGGUUACUUAAGUUCCUUUUCACUCUCAUUAGAGCUGGAAUGACGGAUGAGGCCCAACGAUUGUGCAAAAGAUGUGGACAGGCUUGGAGAGCUGCAACGCUUGAAGGGUGGAAGCUGUACCAUGAUCCUAAUGUGAACGGAGGAACAGAGCUGGAACCUGUAGAAGGGAAUCCAUACAGAUGUAUUUGGAAACUAAGCUGCUGGAGACUGGCAGAAAAGGAGCAGUUUGACAAAUACGAGAGAGCAAUCUAUGCAGCACUCAGUGGAAACCUCAAACAGCUUCUUCCAGUUUGUGACACCUGGGAAGAUACAGUUUGGGCACAUUUCAGGAUCAUGGUGGACACACUUGUCGAACAGGAAAUCCGUUCAUCGGUGAUGACCACAGAGGAGACAGAAGACCUCCCCAGAGAGUAUUUAGAAACAAACUGGACUUUAGAAAAGGUGUUUGAAGAACUUCAAGCAACAGAUAAAAAGAGAGUUUUGGAAGAGCAUCAAGAACAUUAUCAUGUGAUUCAGAAGUUCAUUAUCCUGGGAGAUGUGGAUGGUUUGAUGGAAGAAUUUAACAAAUGGCUCUCCAAAGACAGAAAUGUGCUCCCAGGACACCUACUUCGGUUCAUGACACAUCUCAUUUUAUUUUUCCGCACUUUGGGACUACAGACUAAAGAGGAAGUAUCGGUGGACGUUUUGAAAACAUACAUUCAGUGGUUAAUAUGUGAGAAGCACACAGAUCUUAUAGCAUUUUAUGUCAGCCACUUGCCUCAGGAUGUAGCUAUUGCUCAGUAUGCUGCGUUCUUGGAAGAUGUCACGGAGACAGAACAACGUCACCAUUGCCUAGAGUUAGCAAAGGAGGCAGGUCUGGAAGUAGCAACUAUCACUAAAACGGUUGUUGAAAAUAUUCGCAAGAAAGAUGCUAGCGAGUUCACUCAUCAUGAUCUUGCAAUAGAUACAGGCACAACAGAGGAAGAUCAGCUGAAGAUUGAUGUAAUUGACUGGCUGGUAUUCAAUCCUGCUCAGAGGGCUGAAGCACUAAAACAAAGCAAUGCUAUAAUGAGGAAAUUCUUAGCAUCAAAGAAACAUGAAGCAGCCAAGGAUGUGUUUAUAAAGAUUCCACAAGACUCUAUAGCAGAAAUAUACAAUCAAUGGGAAGAGCAAGGAAUGGAUAGUCCACUUCCAGCUGAAGAUGACAACGCUAUUAGAGAGCAUUUAUGUAUUAGAGCUUACCUGGAAGCCCAUGAAGCCUUCAAUGAAUGGUUUAAACACAUGAACUCGGUGCCACAGAAGCCUGGUCAGCUUUUACAAGCAAGUUUCACUGAAGAAGUUGCCUAUGAACUUAAAGAGAAGAAAUAUGAGAUGGACUAUGGUAUUUGGAAAGGUCUCCUGGAUGCCCUUACAGCUGAUGUGAAAGAAAAAAUGUACAAUGUCUUGCUGUUUGUUGAUGGAGGAUGGAUGGUUGAUGUCAGAGAGGGUGCUGAAGAUGACCCUGAGCGUACCCAUCAGAUGAUCAUGCUGCGAAAACUCUGUUUGCCAAUGAUGUGCUUCCUCCUUCAUACUGUAUUGCAUAGCACAAGACAGUAUCAGGAAGACCUAAGGCUUGCUGACUUGAUUUCAUCAGAUCGACAUAAACUCUACAUGGUAUUUUCUAAGGAUGAACUCCAGAAGCUGCUGCAGAAGCUAAGGGAGUCUUCCCUCAUGCUUUUGGAUCAAGGUCUUGAUCCUCUUGGAUAUGAAAUCCAGUCUUAGUUCCACCAUUCUAGGUUAUAAAAAUGUUGAAUGGUGGCACAAGUAAAUGUAAGGUUGGGCCCAAAGGUUCUCAUACUCCAGGUGAAAGGGGAAGGAAACCUUUGAUUCAACGCACAAAGUUUGGCAUAGAAUUUUUGUUUUAAAGAUGUUGCAGUGCAUUGACACUAGCAAAAUGACUUUCUAUGUAUGUAAAAUGACAAACCGUUUUGACAUUUGUAUUUUUUUCCAAUAAAAUUUGAAAUGACUGGUUUACUAGGAAA